AUGGAGGCUCUUUCUUCCCGCCAGCUACUCACGAGCCCGAUUUCCCUUCGCUCCUAUACUCGCGCCCGCGAUACAGUCACCGUUCGACCGGCGUCGCUCCCUGUGCUCUCGUCGCGCACCCGCGCUACAGUCACACCCACCGCCAGCGCUUCCUUCAACGGGGAGAAAUCUCGCCAAGCGCGCAAUGCCGCUCCGCCCUCCGCCGUUUCGCAAUCCGCGGAGUUGCGCGCGCAGCAGGCGGGAGCGACGGGGGCGGAGAAGGAGGAGCCGCUCCCCGUGUCGCAUCUGACGGCGAUCUCCCCCGUCGACGGGCGCUACGGGCGGCUUCCCGCGCUGCAGCGGCUCCGCCGCAUCUUCAGCGAGUUUGCCUCUUCCCAAAACCCUCAACCCUCCAAUCCCCUCAUGCCGCGCUGCCCUUGCGGUCCCCAACCCCUUCCUCCCACCGACCCCCCCCCCCACGAGGUGCGGUGGCUGCAGCAGCUGUCGCGCAUGCCUGAGGUGGUGGAGGUGGACUGUCAACCCCGCCUGCCCUUGUUCCAAGCAAACCUCUCCUCCUUUCCUCCCUCCCUUCUCCUCCCUCCCCUUCCCUCUUCCGCUCCGUCCCCACUCCCUCCUCCCCAACUCCCCCUACACUCCUUCUUACCAGGAGCGGUGGCUGCAGCAGCUGUCGCGCAUGCCCGAGGUGGUGGAGGUGCCGCCCCUCUCCCCCCCCUGCCUGCCCUUCCGGCCUCCAACAACCCCCCUCCCCACACCCCCCCUUCCCUCUUCCCCCUUCCCCCCCCUCCCCUCCUCCCCCUCCCCCAGGUGCGGUGGCUGCAGCAGCUGUCGCGCAUGCCCGAGGUGGUGGAGGUGCCGCCCCUCUCCCCCGAGGCACAUGCUGACCUCGACGCUGUUGUGACCGGGUUCAGCGAGGCGGACGCACGGGAGGUGAAGCGGGUGGAGGCGACAACCAACCACGAUGUGAAGGCGGUGGAAUAUUUCCUUAAAGCCCGCUUCCAGGAUCACCCUGAGAUCAGCCCGAUCUUGGAGUUCUUCCACUUCGCAUGCACGUCAGAGGACAUCAACAACCUCUCCCACGGCCUCAUGCUGUCGGCCGCUGUGAAGGAUGAGGUGCUGCCCGCCAUGGAUGGGGUCAUCGCCACGCUCAAGGGCAUGGCGCAUAAGUAUGCAGAGCAACCCAUGCUGUCGCGCACCCAUGGGCAGACCGCUUCCCCCACAACGGUCGGCAAGGAGCUGGCAGUCUUCGCCGCCCGGCUGCAGGCGCAGCGAGAUCAAAUCUCCUCCGUCCAGAUCCUUGGGAAGAUGGCCGGCGCGGUGGGCAACUACAACGCCCACGUGGCAGCAUACCCGGAUGCUGAUUGGUCGGCGGUGGCAGAGGAAUUUGUGACGGGGUUAGGGCUACGGUUGAACCCGUAUGUGACGCAGAUCGAGCCGCAUGACUACGUGGCAGAGCUGUUUGACGCGGUGUGCCGCUUCAACACCAUUCUCAUCGACUUGGACCGGGACAUGUGGGGAUAUAUCUCGCUCGGUUAUUUCCGCCAGCGGCCUGUGAAGGGCGAGAUUGGCUCCUCCACCAUGCCGCACAAGGUGAACCCCAUCGACUUUGAGAACAGCGAGGGCAACCUCGGGAUUGCCAACGCCAUCAUGGGGCACCUGUCUGCCAAGCUGCCCAUCUCACGCUGGCAGAGGGACCUGACGGACUCAACAGUUCUGCGCAACCUGGGCGUGGGUCUGGCGCACUCGCUCAUCGCCUACAGCAGCACGGCCAAGGGGCUCUCCAAGGUUGAUUUGGAUGCUGUGAGGAUCGAGGCGGAUCUGAACGACUCGUGGGAGGUGCUGGCAGAGCCCAUUCAGACGGUGAUGCGGCGCUACGGAGUUCCCAAUGCUUACGAGCACCUCAAGGAGGCAACGAGAGGGAGAUCGGUGACGCAAUCAGAUCUGAUUGCGCUGAUCGAUUUCUUGGAGGGCGAAGUUCCUGAUGAAGCCCGGGAGCAGAUGAGACAAAUGACGCCGGCCAGCUAUGUGGGGCUUGCUGCCAGGCUGGCAAAGGAGGUGUAG